GCAGUAGGGAGAGCUGUGCGAGGCUGCUCGUGGGGGAGAGGCGAGGUGGCUGCCCAGAUCCUUCAGGUCGGUGCUUUGGCAGUAUUUUCUGAGCCAUAAUUGCUGGAUUUCCCGGCUGGUGGAGGGGGAUCUGCGCGCAAGCGGCUUCCUGGCAGGAUUCUGGGAACAGCACCAAAACCCACGACAGGCAGCGAGCAGGUUUUGUGCUCUGAGUCAGAAGUAGGCUGAGAAGAUGCAGUCCUCAAAGCACCUACCAGAGACGGAGAUCUGUGCGAGAAGGAUAUUUCCAGCCUGAGGUUCAGAGCUCGGGGGAGCCUUCUCCUGCCCGCACGCUUGGUGAGUCUGUGGGUCAGCUGCUGGUUUUUGGUGAAAUCACGGGAGAAGGGAGGUUGCUACCUUUCGCCACCACCAUCACCCCGAGCCAGCUCAUCCUUCUAGCUAUUUCUGUCUGCGCUUAUCUCUAGCAUCAUCCCCCUUGUGCCUGUGUACCUGCCAAGCAUUCAAAACAGGCACUGCUGUGGCAGCCUCCUUCUUUCUCUCCAGCCUGGAGGAUAAAUGACUGGAUUGCUUUUUUUUAAUUGUUUCCCUGCAUCAAGAAUUUACGGUGGGAAAGCUGAGCUGGAGGAAUGCUUUCAGGAACGAGUGGCCAGGUUGGCAGAUCCCUGCUCGUUCUUAGCCCCUAGGGAAGUCCUGCAGCCUGGCCCUUGCUGGGCUCGUGCAUUGGUGCUCUCUUUGAAAGCGAUGGUUUCCCGGGGCGAGAUGUGGUCUCAGGUAACGACAGCCAAAGUUUGGAUGCGAGAGAGAAGACCUGGAUCUGGCUUGCUUGCAAGGGGACCCAGAACAGAAAGCUGAGUGCUUGGGCUUCUGAUGAACAGAGAGAAAGAGCCUUCCCCAAGGAGCAUCUUCAGCAGAAACCAAAUAGUUGCCUGGAUUAAUUGGCUCUCAUUGAGAGGGAACUUGACAGAUCUAUUUUGUUUUCGUUGAACCUCUCUACUGCACAUCAUAAAGAUUUCUUAGAUCCAGAGGCUGCACGAAAGACAACUGAGCAGCACAAAAAUGUGACUCUGACAAGAGACUCCAAGCUUUCUGACGAGGAAUUUUCUACUAAUCAGCUUAUCAUUUAAAUGUAUAACCGAAGCAUGCAUAAUAGUUAACCUGAUAGGGAAAAAACAAACUGUCUCAUUAAUUAGGACUGCCAAAAAAGCAGUCACCUGAAGCUUCAAAAUGAGUGCUCCGUUAAUCCCAAACAAGUCAUGUUAUGCACAGCUUCAGGACAACCACAGCGAAAUAAAAAAUAAUAAUGAAAGCAUAGUGAGUGUGGGGGAUCCCAAUGCCAACCAAAUUGUGACAAAACUUAGAACCACUGAAAGGGAUGUUAAGAAACGUGAUUUGAUAGAUGGGAAUAUACACACUGGAGGAUCAGAGAAAGUUACUCAUCUGAAUACAGAGCAGAAUAAACUUCUGACCUUCAAAGACUCUCGGACCUGUCACACCGGUGUACAGGAAAGUAAGCUGCCCUCCACCACAAGCAGGGAAAUGGGGAAAGACUGUAGGACUAGUGAAGCUAAGGAUAUAUCAAGGCAUAUCAGGAUUAGCCGAGGACAAAGUCUGUCCAAUCUAAAAAGCAGCACAAAUGAUGCCAAUCUGGAGGUUAUUUCCAAAGGUGAUGUUGACUUCACCCAGAACUUUUCUAAGGGUAAAAUGCCCAGGACUGUGGAGAUGGAGAGAAUAAAAAGGCUUUCUUUGGGAAGACCGAGUAAAUUCUCUCCUCAAUCUGAAACAUUUGCAAAAGACUGCGUUGGCCGCGUGUCGUGUAAACGUCUGCUUUCUGCAUCAUUGGACUCCAUCGACAGGUCGCACCAUUUGAUAGGAAAUGCAGAGAAAUCACAAAAAACAUCCACAGAUCAUUUUCUUGGGAUGGUGUUUCAUCCACUUGACAAUACCUCAGAGGAAAAUAUUGUAUUUUAUUCCAAACCAUCUACCUCAGGGAACAAGAAAAUAAGUAAACCAGAAAAUGUACCAAAUGUUAAUGUUGAAAGCACACUGCAUACUUCUCAUUCUCAACAUUCAACUCCUAAGCCCAAUGAGAUUGGUAGUAAAUCAGAAGCACAAUUAGGUCAGGGUGAUAAAAGUAAAAAACCUGAGCUUAAGACUGCACCAUCUCUACAAUCUAAAAAUACGUGUCAACAAAAGAUUGAGAGAAUUAUGCUGAUAGAGUUCCAGGGAUGUAAAAAAGAUGAAAAUACAGCAGUGCAGGAACAAGAAGGCUCUGGGUCUGAUGCAUCAAAAUUUCAAGCAUCCCAUUUUCAAGAUGUCUGUAAUAAAGUAGAGGAUCCCUUGUCAAGCCAGGUGGUAACCUAUCCUGAUGACAAAUUGCUAAGUGAUAACACCACCACGCAUGGGGAAGGGAGAGGAAGCAAUGACAGUGACAACAGGGCAACUAGCCAAGUUGGUGAAGAAUAUUUUACGGACGAAGAAGUGGAAACAAUAUUCCCGCUCACCUGCGACAGUAAAUCCAGUGGCAAAGUGACACCUAGAAAAAAUGAAAAUUUACAUGAAGUUGACACAGGUUGCGCUGAAACAGUUGGUGAACAGAUAUCUCUUAUACAUAACAUUAAUCUACCUGACAGCAAACCCUUGAAAUUUAAUGAGAAUAAACUGACGCUAGUCAAAGGAAACACGGAGGAUGCUGCCGUGCCUGCUUCUCAUCUCUCAGAUCAGCAUGGGGUGUGCAGUACAGAGACAGUGUCAAACCAACAACCUGACAACCAUGACAGUGAUUUGGAAACCUUGAGCUUUUCAGUUCCAAGUAAAAAGACAGAUAAUGCACAGAAACAUCCUCCGAUUGAAGUACCAGAGAGCUGUAAGGUUUCGGCAAAGGCUGAUGCCUUUUUAUGUGUCCCAACUCCCGUGCGCCCAGUGGCAACGCUGGAUGUUAAUAGUCAGCCCACGCUAUCAAACAGUAAUUUGAAGGACCUUUAUGCACUUCAUGUUGACAAACUGUCACCCUCCUCAGUCCUACCUCCCAUUGACAGUACGCAGUUGUUAAACGUAUCCCCUAAAGUGCCUAUCAAGACUGCUUGCAGCAGUGCCAUCCCAAAACCUAUCCUGGUCCACUCCAAGGGCUCCCUUGCAGAUAAGGCGGAGGUGGACAGUGACUGCAGUGAAAAGCUGGAAGAAAGCAUCGAGAUAAAACCUGCCAUACCCAGGCCCAAACCUGUGAGACCUAAAAUCAUCACAUACAUUAGGAGAAACCCUCGUUCCAUAGAGCAGCUCGAGCCUUCGUUUGCGCCGGCAGGGCUGCCGUUUGGUACCCCUGCGUGUGGCAUGCCCAUCUCUACGGAUCAGAAAGUGUCUAACGGAGGGGAGGUGAAGCCCCCCAGCAUCCUGUACGACAAAUUUAAACCUGACCUCCAGAAGCCAAGACUCUUCAGUUCUGGUCUGGUGGUGUCAGGAAUUAGGCCCCCAGGCCAUCACUUCGGUCCCAUGAGCGAGAAGUUUCUGCAGGAGGUUGGGGAAAGGCCUGCGAAAGAUGAAUUUUGCCCUCCACCGUAUACUCACUACGAGGUCCCACCAAGUUUUUAUCGAUCUGCCAUGAUCCUGAAGCCACAGUUAGGACUGGGGGCAGUGUCCAGGUUACCAUCUGCAAAAAGCAGGAUUCUCAUUGCAAGUCAAAGAUCCUCAGGUAGCUGUCUCCAUCAGCAAGGAGAAAUAACGAGUGCUCCCAACCUCUAUCAUCCUGAUGCAUCAGUUGAUCUUAAGAAAGGCUCAUGUCCAAGUGCUGCAAAGUCAAAUCUCCCCAAGCCGUGCCAGUCUGGACUUCGUCCUCCAGGUUAUUCACGGUUGCCAGCAGCUAAGCUGGCUGCAUUUGGUUUUGUCAGGAGCUCAAGCGUAUCCUCUGUCUCCAGCAACCAGUCAAAUGACAGUGCUCAGAGUGAUCAAAGCAGGACAACCAACCGUUCCAGCUUUGGAAAUGAAGAGCAAACCACUCCUAAGGCAUCCACACCUUCUAAAGACGUCCCCAAGGGGGGCAGCAAGAGCACGACGCAGGUAUCGAGCAGCAUAGCAACUCCACGCAGGAGCUUACUUCCAGCACCAAAAACUGCCACAGCACCUGCUGGUCUGAAGAAAGAAGUACAAAAAGAUCAGGAUGCUAACAGACCAGCUAUCUCAUCCCCUAAGAAAUCAGCAGUAACAGCCACCAAGCUCCAUUCGCCAGGACAUCCCAAGCAAAGGCCAACGACCCCUAAGAAUGGAUUCUCUCCCAAACCAGGAGAGAGUCGAGAUGCUGAAAAGCAGUUCGUUCAGAGAUUGAAGGAAAAGUGUGAUGAGCAGUCCCGGCAAUUAAGCAAUAUUCGAGAUGAGCUUAAAAGGGCCAGCUGUGGGUUUGAUGUCUUUGCUAUAACAACGCAGCACUUUUUCAGGCAGAAUGAAAAUGCCCUUGUGAAAAUAAAGGAGUCAGGAGUCGAGCUUGCAAAGAUCAGGGAUGAAGUCGCCCUCAACACAGAGAGAUGGAAGAAACUACAGAGCGAGAAGGAGGAGCUGGAGAGGCGCUUUGAGGAGGAGUGGAAGCGGCUUCGCAGGCAGCAGCAGGAGGAGCUGCAGGCGCUGGAGCAGCAGCUGCAGAAGGAGUACGACACCAAGAGGGAGAGCCUGCAGGAGCAGCACAGCCUCCAGCUGGAGCAAGUCAAAUUGCAGCAUCAGGAUCAGGUGGAAGAUAUCACAGCUUCACACGAGGCUGCACUGUUACAGCUGGAAAAUAACCACGUAGUUGCCAUUACAGUACUGCAGGAUGAGAAUGACUGGAAGAUUCAAGAACUGAAUACUGCUCACAAGCUGGAAAAGGCACAAUUAGAAGAGAAUUUUGAAAAGCUGCGGCUGUCACUCCAGGACCAGGUAGACACCCUCACCUUCCAGAACCAAUCUCUUAAGGCCAAAGCAGACCGAUUUGAAGAGGCUCUGAAGAAAAACACCGAGGAACAGCUGAAGAUUGUACGAGCUCCGUAUCUGCACUUAGAAGAAGAUCUGAAGAGCUUAAAACAUGUUCUGGAAAUGAAGAACCAUCAGAUUCACCAACAGGAGAAGAUGAUUAUGGAGCUAGAAAAGCAAGUUGAGAAAAAUUUUAAACUGGAAGAAAAAAUCACCAUGCUGCAACAGCAGAAUGAAGAACUCAGAGCCAGAAUUGAGCAAAAUACUGUCAUAACAAGGCAACUGUCAGAGGAGAACGCUAAUCUUCAAGAAUACGUUGAGAAAGAAGUGGAGGAGAAGAAGAAGCUGAGCAGGACUAACGAAGAGCUUCUCUGGAAGCUGCAGGAGGGAGAUGCCGUGAGCCCCGUGAAACUCCCACCACCAUCGUCCACUUCUUUUUAUCGCUGCUCAUCAGAGGACUCCUCUCCAGCAAAAGUCAGAACCUUGCGGCGAUGAUUCAGCGCCUGACCCCCAAAGGUCCCCUGCCUUUUCUGCAUUUCCAAUCUGCUACAUGUUACCAUCCAGCGAAGUAUUACCAUCAACAGGCGCCCAGGGUUCGUGGCUGCAGGCAUGCUCGGUAGCUGCAUAGCUUUGCACUAGGCAGGGUACUCUUCUAGUCCCCACAUAGGAGCUCUUGGUUCUGACAUGUUGAUUAGGGUAGCAAAAGAGAUAGCAAAAAGCUAGGACAGCAGAAGGUUAGGAUAGCAAAAUGUUUAGCUUGGUGUAUUAACAUUUUAACUAUGGUUAGAGCCAAAAGUUGGAAACUACUAUGUUAAUGGUUCAUCAGAAUGAACUUUUGCUGCAGUAUUUCAGGUUAGUUACAAAUACAGUUCAAGCUGUUAAUAUUUCUGUAUAUGUGUCUGUGUUUAUAUACAUGUACGUAUUGUACCUUUAUACCUAUAUAUAGACGCACACACAUAUAUAUGUAGUUGAAGAUGUUCUGAAUUGCUUUUUUUAUAUUAUUGGAUACUACUAAGUGCUGAUAUAUUUUCAUUACAGUCAGCAGUUUUCUAACUCGUGCCUAAGACUUGUAUCUAAAUGAAAAGCAUUUCUGUUUAGCUUCCCAGGAAUAUUUAUACCCAAUCUAGAAGAAAGUUACACAGAAGUAGAAGCGCCUUCCAAAUGACCACCAAGUGGUACUCUAUGUAACAUGAACACCAGCGACUUUGAAAUUUUGAGACAGUACUGCCUUUGAAACCAUCACCUUUGCAUUGACCACCAGAUAAGAUACGCAUACAUUCACUGCUUUUUAACUCUUAGCAUCGAUAUUGUAAGUGGAGAUAGGCUAGAGAUGAGAAACGUGAGGGUUUUUAGCGAAUUUGAUAGAGGUUACUGGUUAACGUGUUUCAAUUUUAGUGAAUUUAAAUCCUAGUUAGGUCUUACCUCGUUUUACCUUGUCCUGGUUUGGGUACAAUUAAAAUCUCUGGUUGUAGGUUCCGGUCCAUUUUGAUUUAUUUAAAGUCCCAUAAGCAAGAAGGAGAAGGUAAGUUAUUCAACCUCGAUCUUUGCUUGCCAAGAGGUUUCCAGUAUUAGGAUGAGAUACCGGGCACCUGAUAGGGCUCCGGGUUCCUCCCAUCUGUAACACCAAACAGUGGUGCAACACCAGUGGACUACAUGGGCGCAAAUGAGGUCAGAAUUUCUUUCCUUCCCCAUAUAUAUAUUAUUUCACAUUGCUAAAGCUUACCCAAAGUUCCAGAGCACUUUUAAGGUUCAUGGAAAAAAGCGGCUAAACUACCUUUAACUUUCCCUGCUUGGGGUUCACCCAGGCUUGGCGUGACCCCCACCCGAGGGGGUGGCGAGGAUGAGGAGUGGAUGGGGUGGGACGGGCUGCAGGUCCCUCGUGGGCACUGCUAGCAAGAAAAAAAAUAUGCCUGAGCGUAAUUUUUUUUGAAAAAAGGGAGAUCUGUGGGAUGCUUUUCUACCCAGCUUGGGGCAAAGAGCCUGCGUGCAUUCCUGCUCUGAGCACCGGGGUCAAAGUAAGCGAGAGACGGUACGUGCAGAGAAUCCCCGGGGUGCAGGAGCACAGCGGGGAGGGCGGCGCUCCUACCCGGCUCUGCUCGGAUGGGAGCUGUGCUUCAGCUUUCCUGGGAAGUACUCAGGAUUCACAGACCGCAGCUUAGAUACAGCUUCAAUCACCAUCAAAGCGCCUGUGGCCUGUUCCACAGCACUAGAAAAAAAAAAAUAAAAAAUUGAUUUUUUUCUCCUUUUUAGAGAAAUUUAUUUUUGUAGCAGCUUUUGCAUGAUACUGUGAUAAAUUGAGCAUCUUGUUAGAAUAGAUCCUGCCACACCAACUACUACUGUUGAAGUGCAUUACUAGAUUUUAGUGUGUCCAGCGAGUACAACCUGAAAGUAGGACAGGCACCCAACACACACAGGCACACAAAGCCCCUCCUUGCCAAGUACAACCUUAAUCACUUUCAUACUUGCUAAAUGCACAGGUAUCUGCAAUACCUACUGCAUUGUCAUGUUGCAGUCUGCCCAAACAAUUCUGAAACAAUGAGAUCACAGGAUCAUAGAAUGGUUUGGGUUGGAAGGGACCUUAAAGAUCACCUAGUGCAACCCCCCUGCCAUGGGCAGGGACAUCUUUCAAUAGAUCAUGUUUCUCAAAGCCCCAUCCAGCCUGGCCUUGAACACUUCCAGGGAUGGGGCAUCCACAACUUCUCUGGGCAACCUGUUCCAGUGUCUCACUGCCCUCACAAUAAAGAAUUUCUUCCUUAUGUCCAAUUUAAGUCUACCAUCUUUUAGUUUAAAGCCGUUACUCCUUGUCCUGUCACUACAGGCCCUGGUGAAAGGUCUCUCUCCAUCUUUCUUACAAGGCCCCUUUAGGUACUGGAAGGCUGCUAUAAGGUCUCCCCGCAGCCUUCUCUUCUCCAGGCUGAACAACCCCAGCUCUCUCAGUCUGUCCUCAUUGGAGAGGUGCUCCAGCCCUCGGAUCAUUUUUGUGACCCUCCUCUGUACUUAUUCCAACAGGUCCAUGUCUUUCCCGUGCUGGGGGCCCCAGAUCUGGACACAGUACUCCAGGUGGGGUCUCACCAGAACAGAGUAGAGGGGCAGAAUCACCUCCCUCGACCUGCUGGCCACGCUUCUUUUGAUGCAGCCCAGAACACAGUUGACCUUCUGGGCUGCGAGCGCACAUUUCUGGCUCAUGUCUGAUUAUUCAUCCACCAGUGUCCCCAAGUCCUUCUUAGCAGACCUGCUCUCACUCCCUUCGUCCCCCAGCCUGUAUCGAUACCGGGGAUUUACCCAACCCAGAUGCAGGACUCUGCACUUGGCUUUGUUAAACCUCAUGAUGUUCACGUGGGCGCACUUCUCAGGCUUGUCCAGGUGCCCCUGGAUGGCAUCCCUUCCCUCUAGCGUAUCAACUGCACCACUUGGCUUGGUGUCAUCUGCAAAUUCGCUGAGGGUGCACUCGAUCCCACUGCCUAUGUCAUUAGUAGAGAUAUUAAACAGUACUUGUCCCAGCACAGACCCCUGAGGGACACCACUUGUUACCAAUCUCCAUUUGGACAUAGAGCACUUGACUGCAAGUCUCUGGAUGCAGCCAUCCAGCCAAUUCCAUAUCCAACGCCCAUCCAUCAAACCCAUAUCUGUCCAGUUUAGCGACGAGGAUGUUGUGUGGGACUGUAUCAAAGACCUUGCAGAAGUCCACGUAGAUGGUAUCAGUUGCUCUUCCCUUAUCCACCAACACAGUCACUCCAUCACAGAGGACCACCAGAUUAGUCAGGCGGACUUGUUGGUAGUUUCUAGGGGCCUCCUUUUUACCCUUCUGAAAAAUGGGUGAGACGAUACAACCAGAGUUGUUACCGUGAUGCUAAUAUGAGCUUUUCCAUGCUAAACACACUAGAGCAUAUUGAUGGGCUCUCUGAGCCCGUCCUUUUUUAAUUUAUUCAUUCUUUCCCUCUAAUUUCUGGUGCUUUCCUUAUCACUUUGUUAGUUUAAAUUCAUAUGCAAGAGAUGCUUCCAGCAGUGAAUUGGGAGUGGGGCUUUUAUGGUGGGAAAGCUGGGACCGAUCCCAGCUCCACCAUCGUUUGGUAUCAUUACCAAUCCCUUUCCCAUCUGAUUUUUGCCUCCCAAUCCUGCCUCUCACUGGGUUCUUCCUUGGCACGGCCUCUGGGGCCUACCCGACGGCUAGCAAAGCUGCAGGAAGUUUUGCCUGACCAGUGGGGACCCAGAAACCCAUCGCUGCGGUGGGCGCGAAGAGUGGUUCCUUCUGGUGCAAGCCCAGAAACGUGGACUUUUUUCCCCCCAAAAAGGUCAUUCCUUUUUUUCCUGCUCUUCCUCUCUCCUGUCCCUCCUUGCCUCUGCAUGCCAGAGUAGGUGUGAAGGGGAAUGAAGACCCUCCAAGCAUGCGGCCAAGCCGGUGACGCCGGCUCUCGCCAGGGAGCUGUGACCCUGCACGGUGAGCUUGGCAUUCCCAGCGGUGUGGGAGCCACUUCUCUAGUCCUUGCUCCCCAGCCAUCCCUGCUCAAAGAUGAGCAAGGGGAAGCUUUUGCUUCUGGGGGGCUGGACACUUCCCAAACACCGUGGCCACUGCGGUGGCUUUCCUGUUUUGCAGGGUAGGGCGGCCCUUGGCAGCAGAGGGAACAUAGCCAGCGCCGAGCUGGGUUUUAUUGCCCUUAUGCUUUUGAAAAGGAGAACGUUUGAUUUGGUUAAUCUUUAUUCAAUGCAGCGGCAAUAAAACCAGCUUAUAGUUGCUCUGAAGGAGGCCCAGAGAUUGGCACCAGGAGCAGGUGACAGCAGUGGGACAGCAGGAGACCCAGCGGAGAGCGGGGGGCACGGAGAGCUGGAAAAGCUGCAGGAAAUCUCUGUUUUUCUGCAGGAAAGCGCUGUUUGGCCUCAUUGGGACAACAACUCCCGUGGCCGCCGGCUCCGAGGGGUUAUCUCGGCCAGCGGCAAAGUCUUGCGGUGGGGGCGGGCGGUGGGGAGGAAAGGAAAAACUAUCAAGUGCAAAAAUCAGGUAUUUUACGUCUCUGCACUGAUGGUGGUUGUGUCCCAUGGACACGCUGAGGAGCCUCUGUACAGUUUCCCAUGCAGCAGGAGUUCUGUGGUCCCGUUUACUAUGUGGCUAAUGAUUACAGGAAGAGUUUGUAUUAUUUCGGUUAUGAUGUACAGAUAAGUGUAAUAUAUUCCUGAUAAUAAAUACAUGCGCCAGCGCACAUGGGGGCCGACGCAUAGGAACCAGCGUGUCCUGCCGUGUUUUCUGUAUGUCUGUGCACACAGGAGCGGGAG